AUGUCUGUAAACUUAACAGGUAUUCCAACUGGUUACGGAACCGGUGGUAAUUCUCUAACAACCGAUUUAAAUUCUCAAUAUGAUAAAGCUGAUAUGGUAUGGAUUGCUGUAUCUUCAUGUUUGGUGUGGCUUAUGGUCCCUGGGAUUGGUUUAUUAUACUCAGGUUUAGCUCGUAAGAAGCAUGCGUUGUCUUUAUUGUGGGCCUCUUUAAUGGCCUGUUGUGUUGUUUCCUUUCAAUGGUAUUGGUGGGGGUACUCAUUAGCCUUUGCUCAUAAUGUUAGGGGGAAGGGAUUUAUUGGUACUUUGGAAUUUUUCGGUUUUAAAAAUGUUCUUGGUGCUCCAAGUUCUGUUUCUUCUUUACCAGAUAUUUUGUUCUCCUUCUACCAAAUGAUGUUUGCUAUUGUGACAGGUAUGUUGAUGGUCGGUGGUGCUUGUGAGCGUGCCCGUCUAUUUCCAAUGAUGGUUUUUCUAUUUUUAUGGAUCACCAUCGUUUAUUGUCCAAUUGCUUGCUGGACCUGGAAUGCCAACGGGUGGUUGGUAGUUUUGGGAAGUAUUGAUUAUGCAGGUGGCACAGUUGUUCAUAUUUCGUCUGCACAUGCAGCUUUGAUUUAUGCUUUGAUUUUGGGUAAACGUAACGAUCCAUUAACUAAAAAGGGAGUUCCAAAAUAUAAACCACAUUCUGUCACUAGUGUUGUUUUGGGUACUGUUUUCAUUUGGUUUGCUUGGUUUGGUUUCAACGGUGGUAGUGCUGGUAAUGCAACUAUCAGAGCUUGGUACUCUUUAGUAAAUACUAAUCUAUGUGCUGCCGUCAGUGGUAUAACCUGGAUGAUUGUUGACUGGUUCAGAUGUGGUCGUAAAUGGACAACUGUUGGAAUUUGCUGUGGUGUGGUUACAGGUUUAGUUGUUAUUACUCCGAUGGCCGGUUUCGUUCCGCUAUGGGCUGCUGUUAUUGGGGGUGUUGUUGGUGCGAUAGCUUGUAAUUUUGCCGUUGAUCUAAAACAAGUCUUGGGUAUUGAUGAUGGGUUGGAUGUCUGGGCCAUGCAUGGUGUUGGUGGUUCCAUCGGCAAUGUUUUAACUGGUAUUUUUGCUGCCGAUUAUAUUAAUAUGACUGCUGGUGACGAAUCUAGUCCAAUCCCAGGUGGUUGGAUCAACCAUCACUAUAAACAAGUUGGUUAUCAAUUAGCCUCUUUAUGUGCCGUUAUUGCAUGGGAUUGUACUAUUACUGCUAUAUUGCUAUUGACUAUGGACAGAAUUCCAUUUUUGAAAUUGAGAUUAUCACCAGAAGAGGAAGAAAUAGGUACUGAUGCCGCUCAAAUCGGUGAAUUUACUUAUGAAGAUGCUAGUUAUAUUCCUGAGCCAGUUAGAUCUAAAUCAGUUAUGGAGAUGCCAGAGCCCCACAAUGCCAUUGAUGAUCAAAUAGAUGGUUCAAGUGUUAAUGGCGCUAGCACUAGCGAUGGAGGUGCUCAAAGAGACACUGCUUCUAAUGAAAAACAAGAAAAAGGUGAUAUAGAUGAUGAAGAUAUUAAGCCAGUUGUCAACUAA